AUGAGUAACUUACUAGAGAAAAUAAAAAAGCACAUACAGAUAGGGACGAAGCUUUAUAAUAAAUCCCCGGAAAUAGGCACAUCAUUAUCGUCCCGUAAUUUGAAAAAUAUUGAGGUGGUACUGGGAGAUGAUAUUAUUGAUGAGGACCUAUUGACCCCCAGGGCUUUUGAUAGAACAAAAAAAAGCAUGGGCAUGAAAAGUUUUGUUAUGAAUAAAUCAGGAAAUGGAAUAGAUAAAAAUCAGAUAAAUGAAUGCGGAGAGGAUGAUAUCAAAUCGAAUGGAAAUAUUGAAGGAACAAAUAGUGAUGGUAUUCAUACGGACAGAAAUUACAUCAGUGUAAAUGAUGUUGACAAUUUUGGAAAUUCGAACAAUCUUCUCGAUGAAGAUGAUGAUGAAGAGGAGGAUGAGAGUGAUAACAAUCGUCGUCUUCAUCGUGAUAAUCAUGUUCAUCUUGAUUAUUCUGAUCAACCUGAUGAUAAAAAUGGAGGGAUAAAUGGCAAUGACAAGACACAAAACGACAUUUAUAAUCUUGCAAAGAAUACCAGUAAUCAUGUAAUGGAAAAAAGUCAAUCAACCUUCAUGAAUAACGGAUGGCAAACACCCAAAAAAAGUAAUGUAGGUUCAUAUUACUCAGGAAUAGAUAACCCGUCAACCUUAAAGAAAUACAAAACACCAUGUGAAAUGGAUAUGCUUCAUCCUGAUGAAAGCUUAAUAGGUAAUAAAUGUAUAACAAUUAAUAAUUAUGUAAAUCCACCAAAAUAUGUAGCUCCAGUAGUUACACCGAGCAAGUUUCCCUUAUCAGGGGAAAAUAAUCCACAUAUGACAUAUGAAGAUUUUAAGGGUCUUUUUAAACAUAAAGCUUGUAUUAUAAGUGAACACGAAUUUAAUAGUAAUAAAUCAUCAAAUAAUAUUGAUAAUGGUGAUAGGAAAUAUUUAGAAUAUUUUAAUACAAGUUAUGAAAAUAACUCUUGGCCAAAUAAAAAAGAAGUCUGUCAGUCUGUAAAAAAAAUAAGUAGCAAAUUUUAUAAUAAUGAGAGGGAUUCACCUAAAUCUAGAAAGAGAAAAGUAGAUAGUAAUUCUAAACUAAGUACUAAAAAAAUUUUAGACGUACUAGUAGGUAAUGAUAAAAAUAAAAGUGAAAAUAAUAGUAACAACACUACUAGCAGUAGCUGCUCUAUUAAUAAAUACAUGAAAAAGGGUAAAAAUCAAAAUAACGAAAAAGAUGAUGACAUGAAGAAAAACAAAAAUGAUGUAGAAUUAAUUGAUUAUGAAAUAAAUCCAAUAAUUAAAACAGAAAAAAAUAAAGCACAAAAUGAAAAUAUACCAAUGCAGGAUAUGGCAAAACAGAAGCAAAAUCCAUUAACUCCAUUAUAUGAGCCAUAUUCAAAAGAAUUAGAUAUCAUUUUUAAUAAAAAUAUUAUUAAAACACCAAUCAUAUUGUUAAACAUAUAUCAAUACUUAUUGGUUGUUAUAUCAAGGAGAAAUCAGAAAAAUCAACCAAUUUUUUAUCAACUAAUAAAACAAGAAGUUAUUAAUUUAAAUCCUUGUAGGUGUUUUAGUGAAGAAUCACUUAAACAACUUGCUUGGCUAGCUCCAAAUUUAAUUCAAUUAAAUAAAGUUGUAAUUACAAAAGAAAUUUUUGAGACUAACCAACAAAUAUACGCUGAUUAUGUAACAGGGAAAAAGAUAGAAGAUAUACAAAUAAGAGAACAUACUGAAAAUUGUGAAAAUAUAUAUAAAUACACAUCAGCAGAUAAAUUAGAAAUGUUAAAAAGAAUAAUUAUUAAUUGGGCAAAUGUAAAACAUAAUGAAUUACUAAAAAAAAUUAACCCUGAUUUUUAUUGUGCAAAAUAUUCAGAACUAAAAAAAUGGCAUUCAACAUUCAAUUUCAAUGAUAUUAUAUUUCCAUCUGUUACACUAGAAGAAAAUAAAAUGCUAGCUCAAUUAGCUCAAACACCUCAAGAAAGUAAUGCAGAUGAUUUUAUAGUAAUUCAAGAUAGCCCUAUAAAAUGUGCAACUAUUGAUUUAAGAAAAAAUGGUACUUUCAUUAAAGAAAUGGAAAAGGAAAAGACUAGAACACCUUUAGGAAAAAAUAGAAAAAAAGCCAACUACAUGAUGAAUUCAUUUAUUAACACACAUAAUAAUAAAGAAGAUACACCAAAAAAAAAAGAAACAAAUAAUAUGAAAUUAAUCCGUGAGGAAGCUAAUAAAAAAAAUAUAUUAAAAGAAAUUAAAGUAGAAUUUGAUAAAGAACAUGAAACAUUAUUAAUUGAAAAAAAAAAGUUUGAAAAUGCAAAAUGGAUAGCUGAAAUCAUACAUGAAGCUUUUGUCGUUGAAGGAACAUAUACAGUAAUAGAAUUAAAUACCUUUUCUAAAAAGAUUGCUGAAAAAUAUAAAAGUAAUAAAAAUUUCCAAAUGGAUCAAUCAAAAAUUAGUCAAAUUAUAGAAAUUCUACCAAAUUAUAUAACAGAUAUUAGUAUAAAACCAAGUAUGAUGAAUAAAAGUAAUAUGAACUUGUCAGUUAAAUCAAAAAAAAAUCUUUACAAUUUCUUAGAACCUUUAACUAUCAAAAUUAACGAUAUUACCAAAAAGUAUCAGGAAUUAAAGAAUAAUAAAGAUUCAAGAUUAAACGAAUUGUGGAAAAAAUUUAACGUUAAUUUUGAUCUCACUGAAAAAAUUAAAAAGUACUUUUUGACCCCUGGUUCUAUAGGUUUGUCUGAAUUGUAA